AUGUCUGAAGAGGUUAAAGGUUAUGAAAAAUUAAAUCUGAGGGGCGCCAUCGGUUUUAAUGGUACCGUUGAUAAUUGCCUUCAAAUUCACCCCGAUCGUCAGAAUUACAUCUAUGCACUUGGAAGUGCAGUCGUUAUAGAGGAUAUAAUUAGUCAUCAGCAGAGCUUACUACAAGGUCAUUCGAAUAGUAUUGUAUGUUUAGCCGUAUCCCGCGAUGGGUGCUAUCUAGCAUCUGGACAGAUUACUCACAUGGGAUAUAAGGCUGAUAUAAUUCUCUGGGAUUAUGCGGAGAAGAAAGAAAUAACACGCUUCAUCUCACACAGCGUCAAAGUUCAGGCCCUGGCGUUUUCCCCAAAUGCAAAAUACUUAGUUAGUAUAGGUGGACAGGAUGACGGAAGUGUCAUAUUAUGGUCGGUCGAAAAUUUGGCCGCUAUUUGCGGUAGCUCAGCUCAAUUUAAUAACGCUGGAAUAACUAGAUGUAUUACUUACUCUAACAACAAUGAAAACAUGUUCUUCACCGGUGGAGAUUCUAUAUUACGAAUUUGGCAAGCGGACAUACAGAAUAGAAAAAUUCAUCCAACUGAUUGCAGCCUUCGUCAGUAUAAGCGAACGAUCACUAAAGUUUUAGCUGAUAGAAAUGAUGAAAUGUUAUAUUGUGCUACUACAUCUGGUGACAUUUUAGCAGUGCGAAUCGGUUCAGCAAUUGUGCAGUUAGUUUUUCCUGACCGCGACAAAUAUAGCCUAGGUGUUACAUCACUUCGCUUUUUGGAUGACACUUCUCUUAUAAUUGGUACUGGAGAAGGCUGGGAUGACAGCUGCAUUCGAGGCUUCUUCCCUGAAACCGGUCGCUUGAUGUACACUGUAAAUGAAGCUCAUAAGAAAGGAGUAACUGCUGUAGCAGCUAUGGACGGCGGCUCCAGAAUCAUUUCAGGAGGUGGUGAGGGACAAGUUCGAGUCUGGGAGGUAAAAGAGAUACCCGCAACAUGUAAGAAGAAGAUUGCUGCCCAUCGGCAUCGAUCACACCGAUGCCAGGGAGAUCGACGAGGAAAUGAGGAGGAUGAUAGGCCCAAAUUUUUUGUCGAUCUUUUAGCAACGCUAAAGGAACACACGAAUGCGGUCUCUUGUAUUCAGAUUAAUAAAAAUGGUACAAAAUGCGUUUCCUCGUCAGCUGAUGGAACUUGUAUUAUAUGGAAUUUGGUGCAAGUUAACCGAGUCAUAUAUAUAUAUAUAUAUAUAUAUACCUGA